AUGGCUGACACUGUAUCUUAUCCAACGUCAACGUCACCCGGCGGUGUUCCACAAGAUCAAUCUUAUUCUCAUCAACAAUAUUCUUAUCAGGGACAAACUCAUAGUCCAGGAGGAGCUGGAGGAUCCUAUGGUCAACUAAAUGGACAUAGUCAAGGGUAUCAACAAGGUGCUGGUGGAGAUCAUAUACAACAACAAGAAGUUGAAUAUUCAAAUCAAAAUAUUGUGAAUGGUGGUAAUGCACAAGACUACAGUCAAUAUGGACAAUAUGGAACGAGAAGUGGAGUAGAGAGCCAACAGUUUGGAGGCUAUAGUGAUGGUUCAUCAGCGCCAAACAUUGAACAAAAUCCCGGUGCUCUAAUACAACAAUUCGGAGGUGGUGGUGGUGGUCAACUCGUACAGGGACCACAUGGCUCAUAUAAAAUUAAUUUUGAUCCAAAUCCUCAAAUUAUUCGUAAACAUGCAAACGAUGCUGUAACAUACAAACAAGAAGUUGCUGUACGAUAUCUUCGUCCUCCAACACCACCACCACCAGGUCCAUUGAUCAUCAAAGAAGUUCGUAAUCCUGCUUUACCCGCAGCACCUCCAAUUGUUAUUCGUCAAAGACCACCUCGACCAGCAACACCGCCACCACUGAUUAUUAGAGAACGACCACCACAACCGCCAGCGCAGCUCGGACCAAAACUGAUAACAAAGCCGGUACCGCCACCACCUCCUCCACCUCGUCGAGUUAUCAUUGAGCGCAUGCCACCAUUACCUCCAAAACCACAAAGUAUCAUCGUCGAACGUUGGUUACCAUAUAAACAACAAAAACGACGUGUUAUUUAUCAAAAAGCACCACCUGUUCCUCCACCUGCUCCACAAAAAAAUUUAAUAAUACAAUGGGAAGGUACACAGGCACGUGUCGUAAAAGAAUUUCGAAAUCUCGGCAUAAUCAAAGCAGAUCCAAUGGCAUAUGUUCAACAAUAUGGUGCACAAUUGAGACCCACACAAGGUCUACCAGAUUUUGUUAAAGGAUUACCAACACCUAACCUUGGACCAGAAUAUGGCGGAGCAGGCGGUCCCGAUUUAAUCAAUCCCGCAUUACUCGCUGGCGGUGGACAACCAAAUUUUGGUGGACAGAAUGGAUAUGAUGUUGCUGGACAAGGUCUGUUAGCAAGUGCAUCAGGUGUUUCAUUAUCAGGUGGUGGUCAAAGUGGUUAUGCUGUUGAUGGUGCGCAAUAUGCAGGGUACAAUGAUCAACGAGGCGGCGUUACUGAUGGACAAAAUAUUGGUGGUUUUGGAAACAUUGGGGGAUCAGGUUAUAGUUAUCAGCAGGCAGGUUACUCUACAGGAAGUACAGUCGAAGGACAAGGACAACAAUUUGGUGGUGAUCAGCAACAGGGUGGUAAUUCGUAUGAACAAACACAAGGAUAUCAAAAUGUCCAAUAUCAAACAAUACCAGCUGGGGGACCGGCACUUCAUUAA